UUGUGUAAUGUAAACAGGUUUAUCUACGUUCUAGAAAUUAAUAAAAUCAUACAUUUAGUUUGCUACUUGAUAGAUAACUUGGCACUGAGACUUUGGUACCAGUUGUCCAUCUUCCCACUAACUAUCGCUAACGUUAGCUUGCUAGCUCUUCGAUUUCAAGAUUGGAUUUUGUCGUGGUGUUGGCAGCUACUGUAAUUAUGUCUUCACAAUCGAGUUUUAAACCGGUGACCCAUGUUCUUUUCGACAUGGAUGGAUUAUUAUUAGAUACAGAGACGCUGUACACGGUGGCAUACCAGGAAGUAUGCGACCGGUUUGGAAAGAAAUACACCUGGGACUUGAAGUCUUCUGUGAUGGGGAAGAAAGCUAUGGAGGCUUCCACCAUUAUACGAGACUCCCUAGAACUACCAAUGACACCAGAGGAACUUCUCAGUGAGACUAGAAAAAUACAGGAGAAGAUAUUUCCUUCAGCUCAAUUGAUGCAAGGAGUGGAGAAUCUCGUUCACCAUCUCCGUAAACACAAUGUGCCCAUCGCCGUAGCGACAAGCUCAGCAGGCCUGGCGUUUGAGAUGAAGACCAGUCAGCACAAAGCCUUCUUUGACCUGUUCAGCCACAUCGUCCUGGGGGAUGACCCCGAUGUGAAAAACAGCAAACCUCAGCCUGACUCCUUUUUGGUGUGUGCCAGCAGGUUCACUCCUCCUGCACCUCCGGCCACGUGCCUGGUGUUUGAGGAUGCUCCUAUGGGUGUUAAGGCGGGCCUGGCGGCUGGGAUGCAGGUGGUCAUGAUCCCUGAUGACAAACUGGACCGAGGCCUUACCCAGGAGGCCACACUGGUCCUGAGGACCAUGGAGGACUUCAAACCAGAGAUGUUCGGCCUGCCGGCCUAUGACUGAGCUCCAUCUCCGCUUCCUGCUCAGGGCUGAGAACCUAGAAUCCACCCAUGCGUUUUACCCCCAUUUUCACCAUUUAGCCUGAUCAAAGCAAUGUAAUGAUGCUAAUCACAAUGAUGAUCCAAAUUAUGCAAUGACUCUGAAUUUGAUUGUUACUUGGAACUGUGAUCAAGUUGUUAGUCAAAUAAUAAUAAUAUUUGGCCAAAUAAUGAGAACGGCUGAGAAUAAUGGUUGAAUUGUCAACAUAAUGAGUAGUCAUUUUUUUGUCUGAACCUUUUACACAGGUUGGUAAUGUAAGCAACUUGUUGCCGAUCAGUUUGAAGGCUUUUUCUGUGAUAUGGUGUGCAUCCCAAAUGGCACCCUAUUCCCUACAUAGUGCACUACUUUUGACCAGAGUCCUACACAGUCAUUCUAGGUAAAGAUGCAUCCGUCUCUGAGUUAAUGUCCUUGAACAGAUUUCUUAACCAACGGCAGUUUAAACUGUUCGAUUCUCCCUCUUUUCCCCGCUUCAUACCAUUUGCCACUCUUCUUUGAGUGGGCCCUAUUGAAAUGCCAAAGACACUUUUCCCAGCUUGGAUGUGUAAUCCAAUAAAAAUGGUGAGAGAAAUCUUCA